AUGAUCAAUUUUUCGUCAGCGUUAGAAGAAAUGGCAGAUUCCAAAGAAGUUAUUACUCAACUAUUCAAGGAUGUUGAAAGACUUGUUAGUCAAGAAGAGUAUGCGAAAGUUCUUAGAUCCAUUGAUAAAAUUCUUCAAUUAAAUCCAGAAGAUAAUGAUGCAUUACAUUGUAAAGUAAUAUCAUACAUAAGAUUAGGAAAAUAUCAGAAUGCAUUGGAACUUUUACAAAAAAGUUUUUCGGAUGAGAAUUUAAUAUCAGAAAAAGCCUAUUGUUUUUAUAGGUUAAAUAAAUUCGAUGAAUUAUUAAAUUUAUUAAGACAAUAUAAAUUAGGAAAUAAGAAUGAAUUAAGUUUAAGGCAUAUAGAAGCUCAAGUGGCCUACAAAACCGAGGAUUACAAUUCCUCGAUUGAGAUUUACUAUGCGCUACUAAAAGAAACCGAUAAGAAUUUAGAUGUUUAUAACGAUAUCCUUACUAAUUUCAAUGCUGCUAAAGCGGCUUUAUUAUUUUCAGGUGGUGAUUUAGACGCGAAGUAUGCGAUGAUGGAUUCAUUUGAUACUUAUGAGUUAGCUUAUAAUACAGCUUGUACAUAUAUUGGUCUGAAAGACUACGGGAAAGCCGAAAAAUUAUUAAACACGGCCAAAAAUAUGUGCAGAAAAUCACUUUUAUCAGAAGAUUACACAGAAGAUAAGAUAGAAAUAGAACUGGGAACGAUCAAAGUUCAAUUAGGAUACGUUUAUCAAUUACAAGGAAAAAUUUCGGAAGCGAUUGAAAUUUAUCAAAGCGUUCUCAAAGUAAAAGGAAUGGAUGUAUCAGCAUCCGCUAUUGCAUCAAAUAAUUUAGUGGCCGCCAAAAAAGAUACUGAACUAUUUGAUUCUGCAAGGAAAUUAAGGGUUGCAAGUUCAAAAAAUUUAGAUGCAAAAUUAUUUAGAGGACAAAAGCGUGUAAUCGCUAUGAAUGAAGCCUUACUUUUAUUAUAUAUGCACAAGGCAAAUUUGGCUCGUAAAUCAUUACAAACCUAUCCGGAGAAUGAUGAUUUAUAUUUAUUAAUAGCGUCAACAUCAUUUCUACAAAAAAAAAUUAACAAAUCGAUAUCAGAUUUACAAGAAUUUGCCAAGCAAAAACCCGAAUCUUUACAUAUAAAUUUUGCGUUAAUGCAAUUACAAUUGUUAACAUCAAAUCCAAAUAAUGCAUUAGAAACUUUUGAAAAACAUUUAUCAUCUAUUAAAGUUGAUAAGCAACGUUAUAAAUCAGGUUAUGUUGGUCUAUUAGUUUGGCUCUACGAACAAUCCGGUAUGCAUGAUAAAGCCGUUAAAACUUUAGAAGAUGCUGGUACUUUUUGGAAAAAUACUUCAUCGAAUGAAAGCACAUCAAUUCUUAAACAAACGGCAUCGUUUAAAAUUAAAACGGGACGUUAUCAAGAAGCUGCACAAGAUUACGAACAACUUGUCAAAGUUGAUCCGUUAGAUACACAGGCAAUAGCUGGUUUAGUAUCAGCUUAUUCUCAUUACGAUAUUGAAAAGGCCGAAAAAUAUGUGAAUUCUUUACCGGAAAUCAAUUCUGGUGAUGGCAUGGAUAUUGAUGUGGAUUCUAUUGAAAAACUCGUACCUGGUAUAAAGAAGAGUUACAAGAAAACUGAUAAUAAAAGUGAUGGACCUUCUCAAAAGACUCACACGAAAAAAAGAAAGAGAAAACCUCUUCUACCAAAGAGUUAUGAUCCUAGCAUACCUCCGGAUCCCGAACGUUGGUUACCUAAACGCGAAAGGUCUACUUUUAAAGCAAAAGGAAAACGUAAACAAUUAAUGAAAAGUGGUUCCCAAGGCGCUGCUAUCGCUGGUGGUGGCAUUGGUGGUACCGGAAGUGCUAAUAUAGCAGGAAAAAGUGUGGUUUCUGAGAAUCAAUCUGCAGCAGCUAGUGGUGGUGCUAAUACUGCGCAACAGGAAUCUACCGCUCAACAUCAGCAAACACCACCUAAACCUAAAUCUGAUAAUAAGAGCAAAAAGAAGAAAAAGAAAGGAAGUAAGUGGUAG